CUUUCUUCAUAAAUCAGAAAUCUCCUUCCAUUCUUCUCUCUCUCUACCUUUCUUUCCUGCACUCUCUCUCUCUACAUUUUAAGAAGAAAAAAAAAAAAAAACAAAACAUUAGUACAUAAAUGGAGAAAAAACCUAGCAAUUCUUCACAGGAUGUUGAAGUUCGAAAAGGACCAUGGACAAUGGAAGAAGACUUGAUUCUUAUAAAUUAUAUUGCAAAUCAUGGUGAAGGUGUUUGGAACUCUCUUGCAAGAUCGGCAGGUCUAAAAAGGACCGGGAAAAGUUGUCGGCUUCGAUGGUUGAACUAUCUCCGGCCGGAUGUAAGGAGGGGUAAUAUUACACCGGAAGAACAACUCUUGAUCAUGGAGCUUCAUGCUAAAUGGGGAAACAGAUGGUCAAAAAUAGCAAAACAUCUUCCUGGAAGGACUGAUAAUGAAAUAAAGAAUUACUGGAGAACAAGGAUUCAAAAGCAUAUCAAACAAGCAGAAAAUUUCAGCGGACAAACAUCUUCGGGGCAUACUGAUCAAGCCACUGCAAGCUCAACGCAAACAUGUAACGCGGUUAAUCCGAUGGACACAUACUCUCCGCCUUACGAUAACUUUCAGAAUUUUUCAGGUCCAUUUCCAACUGAAACAAACGAGAACAUGUGGAGUAUGGAGGAUUUAUGGUCCAUGCAGUUACUAAAUAGUGACUAAAUUAUUAUUUUAUAUAAAUUAUACAAGUCUUGUAGAUCUAUAUAGAUUUACAUAUAUAAAACUAUAAGCCACAAAAUUUAAAAAAAUAUUGUUUGACAUGCGUCUUUGUUUAUAUGUAGUCAAACAAGAACUUAUGAUCUAUAUGUCUUCUGUAUCGACUCAUGUAUCACUAUAACAAAGUUACUAAGUCCUUACAUUUUCCUAUACAAUAAAACUGGUGGAUUAAUUAAUGUA